GUUCCCGUGCAGCAAAACACAAUCAGUGCAACAAUCACGAGAACGACACAUUACACAAACCAUGCUCUCUCGCCUGUCAACUAGCAUUGCGCGCGCUGUGGCGUCCGCUGGCCAAGUCCGCACAUGUAUUACAGCUGGCGCUGCUGCUGCCGCUGCCGGCGCUGCCCCGCUGCACUCGUCGGCCGCGUCGCUGCACGGACACACACAUGGCGGACAGCCGUGCGACGGAGACCACGGGGGCAUGACGGAAGGCGAGGAGCGCAUCUCGAACAUUCUGCUGGACAAGCUCAAGCCGACCGCGCUGGGCGUCAAUGACAUUUCAGGCGGCUGCGGCUCAAUGUACCAGAUUGGCGUCGAGUCGCCAAUGUUCGCGGGCCUCUCGCUUGUUCAGCAACACAGACUCGUCAACGAAAUCCUCAAGGACGAGAUCAAGGGCAUGCACGGAAUGCGCCUCCAGACGCGCACAACCCCUCCGAAGCCCGCCGCCGACGACAAGAGCAAGUCUGCAUAACCAGUAGCUCGAGGUGUUUUGCAAACAGGUCCAAGCACACGAGUGGAUGCAGUGCCAAGCUCGAGGCAUUUUGCAAGAGAUUCAAUAAACGAAUCACAUUUGUCUUGACGCGACACGACGAA